UUGUGCUUUGCAUCGAUCUAAAAUUAAGUUUAUUCAAUGUUAUGCUUUGUAAUAAUUUGAAUUACCGCUGAACGCAAUCACGGGCGAACCUUGUGAAAUUUUGUUGUAAAGUCCUUUCAAACGAGAUGGCUGAAAAUCGCAGAGGGAAGGUUGCGAUUAUAGGGAGUGGUAUGAUUGGAAAAUCCUGGUCUGUGUUGUUUUGUCGUGCAGGCUACGAAGUCUAUCUUUACGACAUUGAUGAGAAACAAGUGGAUAGUGGAUUAUCUGGAAUUCUUGAAUCCUUGAAGGAAUUCGAAAGCAAAGGGCUGCUAAAGAAUUCAUUCAUAAAGUCUGCAGAUGAUGCAUUUAAGUUAGUUCAUGGCUGUCUUGAUCUAGCGAAGACAGUUGAUGGAGCAAUAUAUGUUCAAGAAAAUGCGCCCGAGAAUGUAAAUAUCAAAAAGAAGGUUUUUGAAAAUCUCGACAAUGUGAUCAAAGAUGACCAGACAAUUCUCGCAAGUUCAUCUUCUUGUAUUGUACCAUCACGCUUUUCAGAACAUCUCAAUCAUCGUAAACAAUGCGUCGUUGCACAUCCGGUAAACCCACCUCACUUUGUCCCACUUGUUGAGAUUGUCCCCGCUCCAUGGACGGAUCCUGAUGUUGUCUCAAGAACUCGUUCAUUGAUGAAAGAUAUUGGUCAGUCACCAGUGACUUUAAACAAGGAAGUGGAUGGAUUUUUGCUCAACAGAAUACAAUAUGCAAUUAUAAUGGAGGGAUGGAGACUCGUCGAGGAUGGACUUUGUUCUCCGGAAGAUGUUGAUACAGUGAUGAGCAAGGGACUGGGUCUGAGAUAUUCGUUUAUGGGACCAUUUGAAACCAUGCAUCUAAAUGCCCCUAAAGGUAUUUUAGAUUACUGUGAGAGAUAUAGCAGCAAUAUUGAAAGAAUUUGCAAAGAACAAGGUGGAUCUCGUCAACUUCACGGAUCAAGUACAGCUCAAGUGGUUCACGAUGCUAUGUGUCGAUCAAGUGCCACGGUUGAAAAUAUUGACGAGCGCAGGGCAUGGCGGGAUAGACGCUUAGCAGCUUUAGCUUGCCAUCAAGCAGAACAGGAGGACUGAAAGGAAGUUAUGCUUGAUAAAUGAGGUGAUUUAAAUGAUUGAAAAACGGUGACUCAGUAAUAGCGAUGUGUUAGAUACUGGUAUUCUGUUGAACGCUGGAACUUAGUCCCCACGCCAUUCCCUCGAAUAUUUCAUAUCCAGCAAAUUUUACGUUGUAUUUUAGUGGACGAAAUUAAGAAAGCCGAAGUUGA